AUGGAUCACCGCCUCGGUAUCUCCGAGACGAGACUCCAUGUGCAACACCGCUGGAGGCCACAAGGUAAAAGGGCCCCCAGAUAAGCAAAUAUUGCUCGGCCGUCAUUACUUUCUUUGUCCUUGUUUGCUUGAUUUCAGUCUACAUGUUUGUGUUCCUCCCUGGUCUAGCCGAAGUGUUGUUCCUUUGAAUUUCCUCUGUCUGCCUUUGCUUUUGCUUCUUCUUGCUCGCCUGCUCUUCGUCUGCAUGUUUCUAUUUAUACUUGGUGUACGCUAAUUGCCGUUCCUUUGAAUCUGUUUGAUUACCGCUUAUAUAUUUCAGCAGCCAGUUCGAUUAGAGAGAGACGGUAAAGCUCUGCUUUCCGGCUCUCUACGCUUCCCAAAUGUCCUCUCCCCUUCCCGCGAGCCCUCCGGCAAUGUCGUAGGCAGGCCCAGGCUAACUCGGGUCGUUCUCCCAAUGAACAACAGCCGUGGCCCAAUAGUGGAGUUCGGCAGCCGUCAAGGACAACUGCGCAGCCCUAUUUUGGGAGAAGAAUGCUCACUCCCACGGGCGGGAGGGAGUAGAAAGGGUGCCCUAAAGAAAUGCUGGGGACCCACGCCGUCUGCAGCUGACCUUGGCCUCAGACGCAAAACUCGCGGUCUUAACAAUCAGAUCCGAAACAAUAAUCUCUCUAUUCCCCCCUACCCAGCGGCCCACUCUCCUGACUGCUAGGCUGAGUCCUCUCCUACUGGCGAACUAGAAUUUCCGUUCACCUUUAGAUUAUCCCAGGAGCAACCACCCGGAACGGAGGACGGAGCUAGUGGCUCGGGAACUGGCGCGCUACCAGGUGGGCAUCAAUGCACUCAGUGAGACCCGACUCUCCGAUCAAAGCCAACUGUAGGAUGUGGGUGCCAGCUACGCCUUCUGGAGCAGCCGCCCCAAAGCAGAGCGACAGGACGCAGGCGUCGCCUUUGCUAUCCGGAACGACAUCGUGAGACGACUGCCCUGUCUGCCGCAGGGCACCAACGACCAGCUGAUGAGCCUCCGCCUGACUCUCCGAGGAGGAAUAUUUGUCACCAACAUCAGUGUCUACGCUCCCAAAAUGACAGGUCAGACGAGACAAAAACAAAGUUCUUCGAAGAACUGCAUGUUCUCCUGGCGACUGUGCCGAAGGCGAACAGGCUGGUUGCCCUUGGUGACUACAGUACCCCUCUCGGGCAGACAGCGCCAUCAACAGUCGAUCAAGGAGGAGCCACUGGAUGGUCCGAAGCCCUCAGAACUUCUCCGUCGAAUGCGUGCUCGCCUAGGAGACAUGCAGAUUGCCGAGAAACUCGUCAAAGAGAUGUUUCAAGAGAGUCUACCUGAAAAUGUCCAAACGAUUUUGCAGUUCGAUUGUCAAGAUCUCACUGUUCAUAAGGUGGACAAAAUGGCCGACGGGGUUAUAGAGGUGCAGCGUUUCCAGCCACCUUCCGCUGCCCACAUCUCCACAUCUUCGUUGACAAUGAAUGAACAGUUAAGUAAGCAGAUAUUGGCAUUGGCAAAUGAGAAGGCCUCCAUGAAACUGCAGCUUGAACACCCUAAUUCCAGUCGCUCAACCAGCCGUGAUUGUUGUCGCCCACGACCUCGGACCGUUGAUAUUUGUUGGUAUCAUAUCAAUUUCGGUGCAAAGGCCCGUCGGUUUGUCUCCCCCCGCUCUUUUAAGAUGAAACAGGGAAAUCGGUCAGCUAAAGAAUAGAUGCGAACGUUUUCUCUGGCUCUUCCGGCUCUGGCCACACCUUCUAUAUCUGCGACAGCUUUGGGUAGGACAAUUGUGUGUAGCCUGGACUGUGCAAGGCGAAGGAGGGGUUCCUGUCUUACGGGAUCGGUGGGAAGGGGGGGGUUUUAGGGUGGGGUAAACGGGGAACCCAUCAAUUAGUUAGAAAAAAGUAAAAAAAGAGGUUUAGAAAGAAAGUAAUAAAGUUUGUUUGAGGUGAAAAUGUGCCGAAAAUUCAAAACCGAAGCCGUAACCAAUGGGAGCAAUAUACCCAAGGCCAAGGCCAUUCGGCUGAAGGUGCCCCAUACAAUACUGCCACUGAGGAUGAAUCCUGGUCAAAUGCCAACGACAAGUAGGGCGGUGGAAAAUGAACCCGAAGAACGGUAAGUAUGAAUGCAAAAUACGGAGGACGGAAGCCGUAUUUAUUAAUUUGUUCAAUAAUUACCAAACGUUUCCCACUUAUAGAAGGCUAACAGCAAAGAAGAAACGUAAGGCCGCUCCGCAAGCUGAUAAUGCCAUCGGAGAUUGAACAGAUCCUGGAUAUUAUCCAGUCCCCAUAUUUAGCGCAAUAGUUACAAGCUAAACGAGUUAUGGCGACAGAAACCAGAUGUCGCUGUCGUAAACCGAUGCCGUUGCGAAUAUUGCGUCAGCCCACAGACGGGUUUGCCUUCAGGCACACGAAAAUAUUAAUAUAAUGCAUUGCCUAGGUGUAGCAAAUGGGGUACCAAAGGGGCACUGAGAACUGGUUCGGUGUUUAAGGAUAGUCGCCUGACUUUAUCGAAGGUCCCAUGUGGCUGAGGCCUAUCCAGUCUCAGAAGAGCACUCGGAAACCGAGAUUUGUAGCAGCUGACCGGAAAGGUAAGCAGUGAGAUGUUAAUGAUGUUGUACACAUAGUGCAAUAAUAGCAGCCUGUGGAAUAACAGCCGGGGAGAACAACUGAACGGCCAGGCAAUGGACAUUUUGGCCACUGAAAACUGGUACAACGGAAACAGUUUGUAAUUCUUUCAUAUUCCGCAUUGAAAUAGUAAAUUCCUUACUAUACCUCUCAACCUUUUUUGCCCCUUUCUCCCACAACCCCAGCCGAAAAUGCGCCAACGAGGAUUGAAAUCGUAGUAUUUGAAGGGAUUGAUAGAAAACCUAUGAACACCCUAACUUCCGAUCAUGACCAAUCCGAAGGCUACUUCGUAAGCACGCUGAUCGUCAAACCGAUGAAUGAUGUACGUAUAACAGGAAAGCCAAACCUACUGGUCACCGCAAGGCGACCAAACCGCCCAACCACACGGGCGUACGAAAUCGACCGAAGCGCAAGGGGAAAGCGAGCGAAAGAGACCACAAAGAAACCCCGAGGGUCGGGUGGAUACCUAAGCCCGUGAAAGUGCAAGGAAAGGCCAAACCCCUAUGGUUGGGUAACUGUUCCAAGCGGGCUGCGGUUGGGUGUGGGGAGGGGAAGUGAGCCGUACGGCAGGCAAGGAAAACAAACGGCAAGCGGCCUUAGGAGACCGCACAGGAAGCCAGCAACCGGGUUAAACGCCUGUACGGCUAAGCCAUGAAGGGCUUGUGCAGCCCCUGAAGUAUGUAGAAAGGGCAGGUGCACUAGCGGGGCAGACCUGCACCGAUGAAGUGCACCCAACGCCUACGCGCCUAGCCAACUCACGCGGUAACCGCAUGGAACGCGGUAUGGGAGGCCCCCUCCCGCCAUCGAAUACAACGGGGCUGUUUCUUAAAAAGGGGGGAGGGUGUAGGGUAGCGAUCUGUUAACACGACUGAAGCAGCAAGCAAUUAGAAGGAUAAUGGAAAGCGUGUUGAAUCGCAAUUCGCAUAGGUUAAGUCUUUCGCCUUUUACUAAAGGUUUCCGUGUGGGGGGUGCAAUGCAAUGAGCCCAUAUAGACAGUCUUGCAGCGCCUCGUUCUCGGGGCGGUCAAAGUGAAGGAGAAAUUCAUCCUGACAGAGCCUCUACGCCAUAUCAUGCAAACGUAGCUGGAGUACCCAGUCGUAGUAAUGUAGCAAGCGCGCUAAGUGGCCGAUGAGCGGGAAUGUGAACGUGAGCAAUAACAUGAAGGAAUUUACAGCAUAACCGCCCUUCCUUCGUCCAAUUGGCAGCUGUAAGUAUAUGCGAGAGGUAUGGCAGUGGAACCACAGCAGAAGACAAGGUAUCCCAAAGCGAGGUCGAAUACAUUACAUCCGCGCGGCCGACACGCCUGAAAUAUGUAACUUAAUAAAAGCACUCCUACUGAUAAGAAGCAAGUACGUCAACAAUGUUGACUCAUAAUCCCAGGCUACUCAGAAUUGUCUCGCCCAGUUUUGCUUACAGGCGUUUAUUUGUAGAAACCGGAGCCCAAAUUAGUGUUUUCUCACCAGCUUCAAACUACCGUUGUUUUACCAGCCUUGGUCUACGCCUCCGUGCUGUCCUCAACUGUUCUCCCAUUCCCAAUGUUGACAGUCUGCCCCACAACCUAAACACUGGCCUUCGUCGGUCCGUCUACUGUGUUUUUGUGAUUACGGAUGUUCAUUAUGCAAUCUUCGGCUCGGACUUUCUAGCCGAGUUCAAUCACCUUAUUGACUGACGACGUGCCAUACUCCUAGACCGUACGACUGAUCUCUCUGUGCAUGGUUGAACUCCCUUCACUACCUACUACGAUUUGUCUGUCUUGGACACAGCUAUUGCCAGCCCAUUUCGGAACUGCUCAUUGCACCACACAAAAUGAUGAACCCACAGUUUCGCAGUGGCGAGGUUCAACAUGACAUUCUUCAUCAAAUCUGCAUCUCAGGUCCUCCUGUGUUCGCUCGGCCUAGACGACUAGAAUCGGCCCGUUUUGAGGCCACGAAGGCGGAGUUUGAACACAAGCAGCAACUGGGAGUCAGUCGACCAUGCAAGAGCCCCUGGGCGUCCCUCCUGAAUAUGAUGUCCAAAGUGACAUCAGGCGACUGGAGACCCUGCGGCAACUAUCGUGCCCUCAACAACGCCACUAUUCCCGAUCAGAUGACAUUACUUUAUCUUCAGGACUUUGUUAGACUUCCUUUCGGCAGAGCGGUUUUGUCGGAGAUUGACUUUGUGAGUGCCUUUCAUCAGAUCCCUUUCGCUCCUGAGGAUAUCCCUAAAACCACCGUCACUACAUCAUUUGGCUCUGGGAAUCCAUUCGCAUGCCCCUCGGUCUUUGCCAUGCCACGCAAACACUCCAGGUGUUUACUGACCAUGUCUUACGUGGCCUACCGUUUGCGUAGGCCUACCACGAUGACCCCUUGGUGGCCUGUCAGAAUGCCGAAGAAUACAAAGAGCAACUUGCCUUGGUGUUGGACCGUCUCGGCAAGUAUGGCGUCGUCAUCCUCCCUUUAAAGUGUAUUCUGGUGUGCUUCCCUUGGAUUUCUUGACCAGCAUGUUGACUCAGAAAGUUUGUGUCCCCUCCCACGGUGGUUUAAACCAUUCGUGAUUUUCCUCCACCAACCUAGAAGCGUCACCUGUAACGUUUUCUUGGCGUGGUCAACUUUUACUGCUGGUUCCUUCCGAACUGUGCCUACCUUAUGCUGCCACUCAUCGAACUGCUUGCCGGUCCGAAGGUUUCCCCGAGCUUACUGGUGACGCAUUGUCUAUUUUCGAGAGAAUCAAGCCCUCCCUCGCUGACGCUACCUCGCUCACACAUCCUGCUCUCGCAGCUCUGCUGUCUCUCAUGGUUGACGUUUCCAUCGUUGCUGUUGGGGCAGUCAUCCAGCAACACCUGACCGAUUUCACAUGAUCGUUGGCUUUCUCCUCUAAGAGGCCAUCGCCCACUAAGGCCGGGUGUAGUACCUUUGGCCGCGAACUUCUUACAAUUUGUCUGGCUGUGAAACGUUUCCGGCACUUCCUUGAAGGCCGUGACUUCGCUAUUUUCCCGGAACAUAAAGCAUUUACAUUUGCCAAGACGGUCACCCCAAACUCUCAUUGUGUCGACGAGACCGGUGACAUUCUUGUGCACCGUCAGAGGCAAUUUAUGCGUUCGUUUUCCCCGAUUCCGUCCCGAACUCCGAAGACCGAGUCUGAUGUCGAAAAAGGUUUGGUCAAUUGCACUCAUGCGUUCUCCUGGUAGCUGCUGGAAUCACCGAAAGAAGGACCGUUCUGUGGACUCGCACGCAACACCAAGACCUGCCGGAUACUUCGCGGUAACAAGGAGGACGUGGUCAGCGUCUGCCGGAUCACGGGUGCUGUUGCGAAGGAGCCGCCGGAGCUGCCACGAGGACAAAAAUGUGAUGACUCCCUUGCUCUUGUUCCUCCACCUCCACCACCCCCUGUUCCCCCGCCUUUCCUACUCCCUUCUUCUUUUCUCUUGCCCUCUAUCCCACCGUCCCGCAUACUUCCUCAACCUACCCGCCCGCAGCCUCCAACUACAAUGUCCUUCUCCUCCAUUGUAGCACUCACUUAG